CGAAUAUGGAUUCCUUUUUUUAACCACAUUAAAAUAUAAGUUUAGGCUUCAAUAAAAUUAAUGUCAACACAGUGUAUCAUCUUGCAUAUUGCCAAGUGAAAGCUUCCCACAACGAGAUCCAGUGUAGAACAACCACGGCUUAAUAAAAAAAGUUUCUGAAAAAUCUGAGUUUUCCUUGUAGGUUUGUAUUUUAUGCGCAUUGUUUGGGUUCUGCAUGACUAGUGUCAUUGAAAAUAAUUUUCGGACGAAGCGAACCAAUGUCAUCAAUGACAGUGACAAAAUCUGUCAGUCGGUAGUUUUCUGACGUUUCGUAACAGCUGAAAGUUUUGUCUGUUGUGUUUGAUUUUCAGUGAUUUAAUUUUCUUGAUGUUAUUAUGAAUUUUGUUUAAUAUAAUUAAAAUGGCCAAUGUGGAUGACGAAGGCAUUGACACUCAGUUCAUAGCUGAAAAUAUCGGCUUCUUAGACAAUUGCUUCGACAAUUCAUUCAUUUUACAAAGUUCUUUGCAAGUUGUAAAAGAGCAAGCUUUGGAACAAAACAAUGAUUUGAAACUUACUUUGAGGCCAACCAAGAAGAUUAAUACCUAUUCGCAGAAUACAACAAUAGCGUUACAAUCAACAGAAAAUAAUCUGGUGAAAUCAUGUAUAGAUCAAGGUAACAAUAAAAAUUUAAAAGCUUGGGGUCUACCACUUGAGAUAGCAAAAAAAUAUGAAGAAAGAGGAGUUAAAGAAAUGUUUGACUGGCAGGUUACUUGUUUGGGUAACUCAAAGGUACUCUUUGAUUGUUGUAAUUUAGUAUAUUCUGCACCUACAUCUGCUGGGAAAACACUUGUUGCAGAAAUAUUAACAAUCAAAACUAUUUUGGAACGUCAGAAGAAGGUAAUUAUAAUUUUGCCUUUUGUGUCAAUAGUAAGAGAAAAAAUGUUUUACCUUCAAGAUAUAUUGUCUAGCUCUGGAAUUCGAGUGGAGGGGUUUAUGGGUUCCCAGUCACCUCCUGGGGGCUUGCAAGCUGUGCAUGUGGCCAUAUGCACUAUUGAGAAAGCAAACAGUUUGGUCAACAAACUCCUAGAUGAAGGGACCAUAUCAGAGCUAGGUGCCGUUAUAGUAGAUGAAUUGCACCUCCUUAGUGACCCCAGCCGUGGAUACUUACUAGAACUACUACUGACAAAAAUCAAAUAUGUGACAUCUAUGUCAGAUGAUAACAAAAUUCAAAUAGUAGGGAUGUCUGCUACAUUACCUAAUUUAGAAAGCCUUGCUAAUUGGUUGAAUGCUGAGUUAUUCGUCACCCAGUUUAGACCAAUCCCUCUUCAUGAAUACUGUUUAGUAGGAAAUAAGUAUUAUGAUAAACUAGGAGCUUGUGUUAAUACUGUAGACAUGAGUUUAACUGCUGAAGGAGAUAAUGUUCUGAAAAUCUGUUUGGAAACUAUUAAAGAUGGAUGCUCAGUACUCAUAUUCUGUAUGACAAAGAAUUGGUGUGAAAGCUUAGCCCAAUCAGUUGCAUCAUCAUUCUUUAAAUUAGGAUGUGAAGACAGCCAGGCUGGCCAAGUUUUAAGAAGUCAAUUAAAAUCUGACAAUAUUUUAGAAGUCCUAGAGCAACUAAAGAAUUGUCCUGUUGGAUUAGAUCAAGUUCUCAAGAAAACUGUAUCUUUUGGUGUUGCAUAUCAUCAUGCAGGACUGACAUUUGAUGAAAGGGACAUAGUUGAAGGUGGAUUUAAGACUGGGGCGAUAAGAGUCUUAGUAGCCACAUCCACAUUGAGUUCUGGUGUGAACUUGCCUGCCAGAAAAGUUAUUAUUAGGUCACCUGUAUUUCAAAGGCAGCCAAUAAAUAUCUUGACAUAUAAACAAAUGAUUGGUAGAGCUGGAAGAAUGGGGAGAGAUACGCAGGGUGAGAGUGUAUUAAUAUGCACAGAGGCUGAAAAAAAAAUUGGGUUUGAAUUAAUGAUGGGCUCCUUAGAGCCAGUAAAGAGUUGUAUUGAAACUGAAGAUAAGUACAUGAGAGCAGUGCUAGAAAUGAUAGCUAGCCAAGUAUUAUCCACUAAGGAGCAGGUAGAAAUAUAUUCGAAAUGCACAUUGCUUUACAAUCAACAGGAUACAUCAGGUUCACAAAUGAGUCUCUUACAAAAGACAUUAGAUGAAUUGAAAAACUUUGAAUUGGUAAGAAUACAAACUGAAGGUGAUGAGGAACAUUAUGUUGCUACACCCUUGGGGAAAGCUUGUCUGUCAUCGUCAAUGGCUCCAAAUGAUGGAUUAUCAUUGUUCUGUGAACUGCAGAAAGCUCGUCAGUGUCUUGUAUUAGAGACAGAUUUGCAUCUUAUAUAUCUGGUAACACCUUAUGGUGUGAGUAGUCAGUGGGGAAACAUGGAUUGGAUUCAUAUGCUAACUCUUUGGGAAUCUCUAACCAAAGCCCAGAAGAGAGUAGGGGAACUGGUUGGGGUACAAGAGAGUUUUAUAAUCAGAUGCCUUCGGACUAAUAAAGCAAGCAACAUACAAAAUAGAGUGAAUAUACAUAAGAGGUUUUAUACUGCCUUAGCUUUGCAGGACUUAGUGAAUGAGGUGCCUCUCGCUGAAGUAGCGACCAAGUUUCAGUGCGCGCGAGGCUUCCUGCAGAGUCUUCAGCAAGGAGCUGCAACUUUUGCUGGUAUGGUCACAGCGUUUUGCCGACAAUUAGGAUGGAAAAAUAUGGAAAUGUUAGUAUCACAAUUUCAAGAUCGUUUACAUUUCGGUAUUCAUUCUGACUUGCUGGAGUUGAUGAAACUCCCUUCUCUAAAUGGCAUGAGAGCCAGAACACUUUUUGACGCGGGAUUUGAAACAAUUGCCAGUAUUGCAUCAGCUGAUGCAAAUACUUUAGAAAAUAUACUUCACAAGUCCGUACCUUUUCAAAGUGAAAAGGAAAGAGACGAUGACGACAGCGAUGAUAUAAGAAAACGAAAUAAAAUAAAAAAUAUUUGGAUAACGGGUUAUUGUGGUAUUACUACUAAAGAAGCAGCUGAAAAUCUUAUUACCGAAGCUAGGAAAUACCUUUCUCUUGAAAUUGGAGUUGCAGAAAUUAAAUGGAAUCAAGAGUCGACAGCAGUUCCUAAUGCUGUAGACAAUACACUAGGCAAUUAUCAGAAUGUCACCAGUACUGGGAGAUUAAGUUCUAUUAACCAUGAAAGUAGUAGAAAAAAUGUAGCCCAACCAACCACUACGUAUGAGAGCACACCAGAAAACCAAACCUCUCAAAGUUCCGGACAUACUAAUACUGAAACAGUUAGCGAGCAAGUUAUUUCAGAAAAAAGUGAUGAUAUCUUUAUUAAAGAAGGUUCAAGGGUAAAUACGAAACUAAAUCGAUUAUCGAAUAAUAAUAGUGCUAAUAGCUCAAAAGAAUAUUGCACUGCAAGCGAAAGCAAUAGCCAAUCAUUAUCGACCAACGACAUUAUAUGGGACUCUUUAAAUUUUACCGAAGCUGCUUUAGAUAAUAUAACAAAAUUACGCACGUCUGACAAAAUGUUUUCACCUAACAUUAGUUUUGGUGAACUGGAAGAAAAAUCUUCAGCGCCAGAAACUUUGAAUAAGUCGGAUGUUUUAAGUACAUCUGCACAUCUGUCGGCAAAAGAUAUAAGUUUGUUUUCAUCUGAUGGUGAUAACUCGAGUUUGUUUGAAGAGAGUUUGGCCGUAGAUUUAAUUCCUAGUAAAUUACUAGAUAAAGAACCAUCCAUCGUACGUCAGCAAGAAACCACAUCUGAAUAUACCAGUAUAAACUCCAACACAAUUUUAAACGCUUUUAAAUCGACUUUAAUUGAAACUGAAGGCGAUGACGAUGAUGACGGUGCAAAUAUAAAACUAGUUUAUGAAGACGAUAAAAUCAUGGAAUCGGAAAAUGUAAACUUAGAAAACAAUAAUUUAGAAUCAGUCAGUUCUAUUGUUCACAAAAAUAUGAUGACUUAUAAACGAAGAAACUCGACUGGCAAAGAAACGCAUCCUGUGAUAAAAAAGAAAAAAGUCGACGACAUGAAAAUAAUGACCAAAGGAGAAAUAUACAGCCUACCAAAAAUAAGAUGUUCUUUAUCGAAACGAUUUUUUAUAGAAUUUAAUCAAUAUAAAGUGGAUUGUUAUGUUUUAAGAGGAAAUGAUGUUAUCGAAUAUUCACAAGAUAUUCAAAAUGUAAAUAGUGCAUCUAUACAUUUGAAUUUGAAAACAAAUAACCCAGGUAGCAAUGAAAUAAUAGGGAGCAACUUAUUUAGUUGCAAGCCUGUUCGAAAAUCCGAUGAUAAAAAUGAAGAUUGUCCAAUGAACGGUCUAGUCAUUUACUUAAACCAAGUAACAAGCAUUUACUUAGAUUUGACAUCUGUAGAUUGUUUGCAAUUAGUCAAAGGUCGAUUACGUAGCUGGUUCAAGAAGAAUACUUUAAAAUUGAAAAUGUUGUGUUCGAAAACCGCCAACUUUUACAUAAAACGAUGGCUUGGAGUUAAUUUGUCAUCGGACUGUACAGAUGUCUCUUUAAUUGAAUGGUUAAUAAAUAGCAGCGAGAAAAUACCGACCAUUGAUUAUCUAAUGAAAAAGUAUUGCGGUAUAGAUUUCUCAAAUGCGCUGUUUAAAGUUAACAGUCAGCAAAAAAGGUUCAAGACUUUUGACAGUUUUGAGAUUAUUUGCUUGAAGGCUUGUUCUGUAUGGAUGGUGGCUGAAAGUCAGGAAAAUACAUUACAAGAAUCUCUACAGCCUGCUCGAAAUAUAAUAGAUAUCGAAAACCGAGUUGCGAAGAUUCUGUCGAACUGCGAAUAUUACGGAAUCACUGUAGACAAGGAUCUCGCGUCACGACUUUUGAUUGAUGUGAGAAAUUCCCAAGAAAGUCUGCAGAAGAAGGCAUACAAACUUUGCGGAUAUCAUUUCAACUUCAACUCGUCGAAAGAUGUUGCCAAGGUACUGGGUAUCUACAAUGGGCGCAAGGUAAGCACCAAGAAAAGCGUGUUGACUUCGCACAACAGCCCGCUGUCGAGUAUCGUUAUUUAUUGGAGGAAGCUCAACUCUAUAUUGACGAAGACGCUGUAUCCUCUGACAGAGAAGGCUUGUAUUUACACAGAGGGAGAUAGAAUAAAUCCUACGUACACAAUGUUCACUUGCACGGGUCGCAUCAGUAUGCAUGAGCCGAACUUGCAGAAUGUUCCGCGCACAUUCGCGAUCCCUUUCGAGUACUUGACGAUGCACACAGGCGUGACUGAUCAUGUCGCGGAGUUCAACUGCAGGAACAUAUUCAAAGCGGCCCGCGGCUACGUCAUCGUGUCGGCAGACUAUUGUCAGCUGGAAAUGAGGAUCCUCACGCACUUCAGUAAAGAUCAGGUGUUGAUGAACAUUAUGAAGUCUGAUAUGGAUGUGUUUAAGUCUAUUGCGGCGUCUUGGAGCAAUGUGCCGGAAGAGGAGGUAGACGAUGAUUUAAGGCAGAAAGCCAAGCAGCUUUGCUACGGAAUUAUUUAUGGGAUGGGGAACAAAACGUUGGGGCAACUUCUCGAUGUAACGGAGAUUGAGGCGGCAGUUUUCAUGGACUCGUUCUAUAAAACGUAUCCAGCUGUCAAGGUGUUCACGCAGUCAGUCGUAGAGGAGUGCAGGGACAAAGGUUACGUGGAGACGCUCAUGAAGCGGAGAAGAUAUUUGCCAGAUAUUACAAGCAGUUCUGCGCCCAAAAAGAGUGCUGCCGAGCGUCAAGCAGUGAACACUACUAUACAAGGCUCAGCCGCCGACAUCGCGAAGGCCGCCAUGUGUUCUAUAGACACAAUGACCGACACCCUCGACCCCAAACCUCGGCUUAUUCUCCAGAUGCACGACGAACUCAUCUACGAAGUGCCCGAAGCGUACCAACACUACUUUAUCACCAUCAUCAAGCAAGUCAUGGAGAACACCCUCAAACUAACCGUCCCUUUACCCGUUAAAGUCAAAAGUGGACUCACCUGGGGCUCCUUGAAAGAAAUCGAGUUUUAAUUAAUCGUUAAUCAUGAACUCUCUAUUCUAUUCUUUAGUCUAUAUUCUGUGAUAUUUUAUUCUGUUCACGUGAUAUUUUAUCGUAAUGUAGGUAGUGUAAUUUGGUUUUAUAGACAAUAAACUGUAGAAUGUA